AUGAACGAUCCGGUGAAGGAACUACCUGAUGUGGUACGAGCCUGUGCUGAAACAUAUGAAGCAACUAAAAUUGCAAACUAUCUUGAUACGUAUUUCACCGAAAAUGCAUUCAUUUUACAUCCAUUAAUAAAUCAACCAGCAAGAGUUCAUGGAAAAGAAUAUUUAAAAGGAAUUUAUAAAGUGUAUCGAAUAUUUUUAAUCAAUAAUCAAGUAAGAUUUCAUGCAGUCACGUUUAAUGAAAACAAAACUCAAGCAGCACUAGAAUUCACUGAACGUCUCGAACCAAGAUUUCUUCCAGCUGGAUUGUUUGUCUUUCAUAUAAAGUGUUUGAGUAGAUUAGAUUUAGAAAAAUCUUCGGAUGGUAAAUACAGAAUCACUAGACAAGACGAUCAGUUUGUUUCAGAUCUCAACGUGUUGGGUAUCUUACCAUUCAAUCAGAUCUUGGUAUCUAUGAUUACUUUUAUGAAAUCUUUUGCAGGCUUUUGGGUAGCUAUCAUUGGAAAAUAUUUACUUGAAAAGGAAUUCUUUGGAGCUUGA